AUGGAGCUAGCACAGCGGCAAGAGUGCGAGUACGGUAUGUCAAGGUGGAUCAAGCUGCCAAUGGAAGAGCUUGGUCAGAUGGCCGCGUUCGUCUCGGUUAGCGCCACCAGUUGGCUCAUCAAGCUCAUCGAUACGAACAACUAUGGAGACUCUUCGCAGGAAACGUUCCCGAUUGACAUCUACCAUCCAGCCUAUGUUGCUAUAGAGAGGCCCUCACUGGUCAGACCGGCGGUAGCGUUACAGUGGCAUGGAGACGGCAUUGCCAGGGAUCAACGCGUUCCUGUCGUCCUGAAUCCAUUGGCCAUUCACCCCCCUCAUGUCGUCCUUCGUACCGCACGCGGAUCCGUCGUCUGGACACGUUUUUCAAGGUCUCAAGCGGUGCGAAUAGCUCAAAAUCCAAACACGAUUGACGAUGGGUCUCACGAUAAUUUAAUAUUCGCAUGA